AUGGCCGGCAAAGAGGAGAACCUUCAACUCCCUCGUAUAUUGUGUCUUCAUGGCGGCGGCACCAAUGCGCGAAUCUUCAAGGCCCAGUGCCGCAUGAUUGAGCGUGCGCUGAAGCAGCACUUCCGCUUCGCUUAUGCGGAAGCUCCGUAUCUAUGCGAGCCAGGGCCCGAUGUGGUCAGCGUCUACGCCGACUACGGGCCAUUCAAGCGGUGGCUUCGCUGGCUCCCAGAGCAUAAGGAGCUUGAUAACCAGACCGCCAUCAACGACAUCACGAAGCAAAUCACCACCGCUAUGCGCGAGGAUGAUCAAGCUGGCGCGAGUGGCCCCUGGGUUGGGCUUCUUGGCUUCAGUCAGGGCGCCAAGCUUGCUGCAAGUCUGUUAUUCCAGCACCAGAAACGGGUCGAGCGACUGGGGGAGGCUGGCGCGGGAUCAACGUGGAGGUUUGCUGUUUUGCUGGCCGGGCGAGCACCGAUAGUCUCGCUCGACCCAGAGACUUUCCGGUCGUCGAUGCUGGCUGAUGCCUCGCAGAUUGGACUUCCGGGAGCGCCAGACCUGAUGGAAGCCGCCAGCGACGAACACAUCCUCAAGCUGCCCACGAUUCAUGUUCACGGUCUCUAUGACCCGUCUCUACAUCUUCACCGUGACUUGAUGGACAACUACUGCGAUGGUGAUUCAGUCAGGGUGCUAGAGUGGGACGGCGGCCACAGAGUACCGCUCAAGGCAACUGAUGUGAAUCCGUUAGUGGAAUACAUUCUAGAAAUUGCCGACGACACCGGGUCUUUAGUUCACUAG